AUGAGAAAUGGCUCAUAAAGGCACAGAAUCAAAGGAACAAAUAUGGCCGUACAAAAUCACAAUCGGAAUAUGUGCAAUGAAUCGAAAGGCGACGAGCAAGCCGAUGAGAGCUAUCAUGAAGAAAAUUAUCGAUUUUUAUGGACAAUGGGUGGACUCUUUCAUUUUUCCGGAGCAAGUCAUCAUUAACGAGCCCGUGGAAAAUUGGCCGCUUUGUCAUUGUCUAGUAUCGUUUCAUUCGACCGAAUUUCCUUUAGAAAAAGCAAUUGCGUAUGUCAAGCUUCGUAAUCCAUAUGUCAUUAACAAUCUUGAUCGGCAAUACGAUUUACUCGAUCGUCGCACGGUAUUCAAAAUUUUAUCAGACAACGGAAUCGAACAUCCCCGUCAUGGUUACGUAAUUCGUGGACGUCCAAAUGAACCAGAUACGGAACUUGUUGAACAUCCAGAUCAUAUUGAAGUUAAUGGAGAAGUAUUCAAUAAGCCAUUUGUUGAAAAACCAAUCAGUUCAGAAGAUCAUAAUGUUUAUAUUUAUUAUCCAUCAAGUGUUGGUGGUGGAUCACAACGAUUAUUUCGAAAGAUCAACAAUCGAAGUAGUUGGUAUUCACCGAAAUCAGAAGUUCGAAAAGAAGGAUCAUAUAUUUAUGAAGAAUUUAUUCCAGCUGAUGGUACUGAUGUAAAAGUAUAUGCAGUUGGACCAUUUUAUGCGCAUGCUGAAGCUCGAAAAGCACCAGGAUUAGAUGGAAAAGUUGAAAGAGAUUCAGAUGGAAAAGAAGUUCGAUAUCCUGUGAUUUUGAGUAAUAAAGAAAAACAAAUCGCGAAGAAAAUUGUGUUAGCUUUUGGACAAACUGUUUGUGGAUUCGAUUUACUCAGAGCCAAUGGAAAAUCAUAUGUUUGUGAUGUCAAUGGAUUUUCAUUUGUCAAAACUUCUACCAAAUAUUAUGAAGACACUGCAAAAAUUCUCGGCAACCAAAUCGUCCGCCAUUACGCGAAAUCAAAAAACUGGCGAGUACCAAGUGAUAUGCCUCAGCCACCGAUUCUUGAUUUGGGUCUUGGAGAUGAUCCACCAAUGAUCACAACACCAUCUGGAAAACUUGCUGAACUUCGAUGCGUUGUUGCAGUUAUUCGACACGGUGAUCGUACUCCAAAACAGAAAAUGAAAUUAAUUGUGACUGAUCAACGAUUUUUCGCUCUUUUUGAAAAGUAUGAUGGAUAUAAGAAGCAUGAGAUUAAAAUGAAGAAACCGAAUCAAUUAAUGGAAGUUCUUGAAUUGGCAAGAGCUCUUGUAAUUGAGAAACAGCGUGAUCGUCACCAAAUCCUUGAAAAACUACGAGAAGGUACUGGCGAAGAAGAAAUUCACAAAUCGGAACAUGAUUUGGAAGUUUGCGAAGAAGAAAUGAAAAAAUGGGAACAGAUGAGAACAGUGUUGGAAAUGUAUGGUCACUUCUCUGGAAUCAAUCGAAAAGUGCAAAUGAAAUAUUUGAAGGAACGAGAAACAAAAACAUCAGAUGAAGAAUUAAGAAGAGAAGGACCUGCUUUGUUGCUUAUUUUGAAAUGGGGUGGAGAGUUGACAACUGCAGGAAACAUGCAAGCAGAAGCUCUUGGGCGACUAUUCCGAACUUUAUAUCCUGGAAUCCGUCGAACUGAUGGUAAAUCAUCACCUGAAGAUACACAAGGACUUGGAUUUCUUCGUCUUCAUUCAACAUAUCGCCAUGAUUUGAAAAUCUAUGCAUCCGAUGAGGGACGAGUUCAGACAACUGCUGCAGCUUUUGCGAAGGGUUUGCUUGCUUUGGAAGGAGAGUUGACGCCGAUUUUGAUGCAGAUGGUAAAAAGUGCGAACACAGAUGGACUUUUGGAUGAUGACUGUCAAGCACGACUCUAUCAGACUGAACUCAAGAGAUAUUUACAUAAAGCUCUUCAAGCUGAUCGUGAUUUCACUCCACAAGAUUAUCUUGAACUAAAUCCAAAUGGUCUUCGAGCAAUCACAGCCGCCAUGGAAUUUAUCAAAAAUCCACGAAAAAUGUGCCACGAAAUCGCUGGAUAUGUUGAAAAAAUGUGUGGAGUUAUUGUGGAAUAUUCGCAGACACGUCCAACUGGUUCAACACUUUAUUUACAAGAAUCUAUGGAUUUAGCACAACGAAGAUGGAAUAAGGAAUUGAGAGAAUUUCGAAGAAAAAAUAAACAUGGAGAAGUGGAAUUUGAUAUCUCAAAAAUACCUGAUAUCUAUGAUAAUAUUAAGUAUGACAUGGAGCAUAAUCCAGAUCUGUGCAUAAACAAUGAAGUAGAAUUUGAAAGAAUGUACGUGUGUGUUAAAAAUAUGGCCGAUAUUGUUGUACCUCAAGAGUACGGUAUCAAAACAGAAAACAAAAUGGUUAUUGCUCAACGUGUCUGUACACCACUUUUACGUAAAAUUCGCAAUGAUUUACAUCGAUGUUUGGAGAAUAAAGAGUCUGAAGAGACGCAAACUCGUCUGGAUCCACGUGCUUCGCAGGGAAUUGCCACACCAUUCAGACAUGUUAGAACUCGAUUGUAUUUCACGAGUGAAAGUCAUAUUCAUACACUUAUGAAUCUAAUUCGAUACGGGAAUUUAUGCUCGGUUGACGAUAAAAAGUGGCAACGUGCUAUGAAUUUUCUGUCGGGAGUAACAGAAUUCAACUACAUGACUCAGGUUGUUCUAAUGGUUUAUGAAGAUUCAAGAAAAGAAAAUGAUGAAGCUGACACCGGUCCACGUUUUCAUAUUGAAAUUCUUUUUUCUCCUGGACUUUAUCCAUGCUUUUUAACAGAAAAAGAACGCAUUUAUGAAACUCGUUUUAACUUGAGUACAAAUCCUAAACCGGCAACUUCUAGUAGAUCAUCAGGACGAGAAUCAAGAGAUACUAAUGAUUCGGCUUCAUCAAGUACUGAGGGUCGCCGUCCAAGCAUUGAGAAGGUGGUUACUGUAGUUACACCAACACAAUUGAGUACUCCGUCUGUCACCAACGACGAUCUUUCGAUUAGUAGUAAUGCUGAAUCUACAGCGGCUGAAAGCACUGGACUUGUGAAUACAACGACAAAGACACAUAAUGACUCAGAAGAUGAUCUGAAUGAUGUGGAAUCUGUAAAUUUAGUGGCAUUGGAUGAGCUGAAUAAUACUACGAAAGCCAUGGCGGAUGAUGGAAAGACUGCAAAAAGACAACGAAGUGUUACUGGAGCAGAGAAAUCAAUGGAGGAAGGCGAUAAACCACACGGAGAGUGGAAAGGGAAUGGAGUGGCAAAGAGUGGAAGCCAGAUAUCUGUCGGAUCGAAUGAAAUGGAAUCAAAUAAUGAAAGUAUGGAAACAGUUGGAGGUGGAAAAGGACAAUGGGUUAAAGAUUUAUUGGAUCAAACUAAGCGAGCAAUGGCAAUGAAUUCAAUUCGAGAAGUUGAACCACCGAUAGUAAUACCUACACCAGUACCAUCCACAACUACAGCAGUUGUUGAAGAUGAAGCAUCGGAGAGGCAAUCAAGAUCUCGUCGAUACUUCCCGUAUAGAUUCAAACAUCACACGGCUCAACUGCUAACAGGAAUGAGCGGAGGAGGUGUUCAUAUGCAAAAUCGAUUGAUCAGCACUGAUGUAUUGACUGGAAAAUUUGGAGAUCAUGAUAAUAAAAAAAAUUCGAGAAAAGAUUUCGGAGCUGGAACUGCAGUUCUUUCAACAGCAGUUAUUGCACGAUCAUCUUCAGCUCCACGUCUCAUGACUUAUGAGUCUGAAGAUUUUUCUGUUGGAGAAAUCAAAAGAUUCUGGCCACCACUUCGUUCGCUUGAAACUCUUCACGAUUCUAUCAAUUUAUCUCAAUUUGAUGGAUUUUUGGAGCGACUUAUCAAAGGAGCAUUGACUCCUUUACCAUCUCCACCAAAAACUCCACUUCCAUCUGCACUUUCUUGUGAUGCGAUCAAUAAAACUCCGACACAGGAUGAAGUUGAAAAAGUGAUUGGAAAAUUGGCACCCACGUCUAGCACUGAUUGAUGUUUAAAUUCAAAGUUCCCCUUCCAAAUUGUUGUGAUUUUUUUUUAAAAGUAUUUUUUAAUGAUAUUAAUUUAUUUUGCAUUGUUUAAAUAGAAUCGGUUUAAAAUGAAAUUUUUCACAGUUAU